AUGAAAAGGAAAUUUCAACAGACAAAAAAAAUUGGAGGGAAGAAAAAAAAUGAUAAUGAGGAGAUACUAUCAUCUUCAGAUGAUGAGUCAUUUCAAAUGAAUAGAAAAAGUGUGGAUUACCAAGAUCAUGAUAAUCCACGUUUUUCUGGUAGAACUUUAGACUCAAAUAUUGAAUCUGAUUCUGAAGAUAAUAACAAUAAUGGAAAAAAUGAAUAUUAUGAAGAUGAUGAAGAUGAUGUUUUUUUUGAAAAUGAGGAUGAGAAAAAAGUUUCAUUAGCAAAGAAAUUUCUAAAAAAGCUUGAUGCUUUGGAAGAUAGUGAAAUUAAAGCAAGCUUAAAUAAUUUAGAGAACAAAGUUUCUCAAAGGGAAAUAGCUGAUAACUUUAAUAUAACAGGUGAUUCUGUAUUUUACAAAGGUCAUAAACUUAGUCCAACAUGUGUAACUUUAGAUAAUGAUGGAAAAACUGCAUAUACAGGAGGAAAAGAUUGUGCUAUAAUUAAAUGGGAUUUAGAAACUGGAAAAAAAAUGAUUUUUCCAGGUAGUAGAAAAGAUUUUGAAUGUGGUGGGCAUUUUGAACAAAUUAAAACAAUAUGUUAUCACAAAGAAACUAAUCUGAUUUGUAGUGGUGGAGAAGAUAAAGUUAUAAGAAUAUGGGAUCAUAGAGUACCAAAAUGUAUUGAAAGGUUUCAUGGUCAUACUAAUACUAUUACUGGUAUAGUUUCAGAACCUAAUUCUGAAAUUGAUCAAAUUAUAUCAGUAUCUUUUGAUAAAUCACUUAAAGUCUGGAGUCUUAAAUCAAGAUCACAUAUGAAUACUUACUAUGGACAUACAAAUAAGAUUACAUCAUGUGAUAUGAUUCUUAAAGACAGACCUUUUACUGGUUCUGAAGAUAAUACAUCCAGAUUGUGGAAAUUAUCUGCUGAUUCACAUUUAAUUUUUUAUCCAAAUAAUAACUCAAAUGUUGAUGGUUCAAAAUUGAUUGAAUCUCCUAUUGAUUCUGUUUCUUGUUUAAAUAAUGUAAAUUAUAUUACUGGACAGCAAGAUGGCACUUUACAUAUAUGGUCCCAAUUUAAAAAGAAACCUUUAUUUACUAGUAAUAAUUUACAUAAAGGAGGCAUAUACUCCAUUAAAAGUAUUCCAUUUACUGACUUAUUCUUUACUGGUAGUGAUGAUGAAGAAAUUAAAGCUUGGAAAUGGUCAAACCAAAAUAACAACAUUUCUCUUAUUAAUUCUAUUAAAGUUAGUGGAUUUGUUAAUGAUAUUUCAGUCUCUGAUAAACUGAUUGUUGCUGCUAUUGGACAAGAACAUAGACUUGGUAGGUGGAAUUCUAUCAAAAACUCAAAAAAUGGAUUAUUAGUUGUACCUAUUUCUUACUAUAAUUAA